AUGGCGGGGGCGGGUCGGUGUCCCACCUGUUGUCCCACCAUUGGACAGGUGUGCGGGACAACAAAGUGCCGCCGGCGCCUGGCAACCGCCUGGCGGUAUCAAUGGACCGGGCAGGUAACGUGACGCGGGACCAGGCAAGUGGGAAGCCUGGGCGCUAGUGUGUAGUCGUGCCGACGGCGGAGAGCUGAGUACACGCUGCCUGCUUGCUCACUUCCCGCGCGCCGCGGACGUCCAAGCCGGAUCUGAUCGAUCAAAAAUCUUCCGGACAAUCCGUAAACUUGCACGGCAUCAAGUCCUUUGGGCAGAUUCUUUUAGCCAGCGCUGUGCGAUCUUUUGCCACUUUUGCGACGGGACAACUACGUCAACCUUUCGCCGCGAUCUUAUCGGGACACGAAACACGAGGCGUAGUUGACGUUCCACGCUGUGACGUUGAAUAGCGGAGGUUGUGUGAGCGUUGGUUGGGUGGCAGGCGUUGCUGGGGAGGGUGGUGUAGGUGCCAUGUCCAGCCACGGUUGUUGUGUCACCUGAAGUUGGUCAGCAGGACUCCACCAUGGCUGCCAGGUGUCUGGUGGCCUUCCAACAUGUGGACAGCGAGUCCAAGAAAAUACUCAGGAAACAUGCAAAGAACCGGCCCCUGGGAGACCUACACCACAAGUACCAGGAUGUAGCCCCGCCCUCGGAGGAGGCCCUCACCUGUACAGGUGUGGAGGCGCAGCUCUUAAGGCGGUCUCACCUGUCCAAACCCAAGUCUGCCUCGCAGCUCAUCGAGGAGCAGCAAAGAGCAGUGCACAAUGCCUUAAACAGGGGAACAAGAUCUGCAGGGGCAGGAAGAAGGGAGGUCCCUGCUAGUGGCAGAUCCAGCAGCAGCAGUAACCAGGGCACAACACCAGCUAUGAAGAGAUCUAGAAGUGUGAUGGAGACAGGGAAACACAGUUCUUUGUCUUUGAGGAGCCAAAAGUCAGUGUGGAAAGUGAAAUCCAGUGUGCCCAAAGACCUGCCCGAGGACAGGGCCUACAUGAGAGUGAGGAUGGACCCUGUGGACAAGGCUUGGGUCCGCAGUAAGUCACUAGGAGACCUCAGCGACCAAUCAAAAGAGAUGAACAGAGCAGAGCUGCAGCCAUCACGAGCAACCACAGGAUAUGUGAAGUUUCAGCAGAUGAGAAACAAGGCAAAGAACGGGGUUGGUUACGACACCUCGGCCAUCUACCUGUCGUUUGCUGGAGGGGAAGAGGAGAAGGAUGUUGGGGUGGUGGAUGCCUUCACUGACAAAGAUGUUGGUGAGUACUACAGCAUUGAGGGUCAUGCGGGGUCAAAGAUUGCUGACCAGCUACGCAAGGGGAACAAGAUUCGCAUCGGAAUCAACGGAGAAGUCAUGUCUCACGGCCUCCGAGUUCGGACACGGAGCAAGGAAGACUCACCGAGAAGUGAGCAGGACCAUUUCGAUAUCUACCGUGAUGACUGGGACAGUAGCAGUAACUCCACAGACAUGGAGAGGGUUCCGCUGUGCUGGGAGGACCAGGUCAGCAGGCCGGGGUCUCGACUGUUAGCACCACGGUCCGAGAAGAAGGAAGCACCCAAACCUCCGAUGUCGGGCUGUCAACCAGUGAUGUUCGACAAACUCAUCCGUCACGACAUGCUCCCGCCCAACUUCGUCCACGUCGGAGCCGCCAGCCCGCCGGGCAGCGCGGGAAAACCGUCCGGACAGUUCCGGGUCAAGCAGCGCACCAAGGUGAAGCCGGCCUUCAACGGCACGACUCCUUCUAGCAGCCAGAUUACGGUCAUCAGCAUCGACAAUUGGAACGAGGAACUGAUGACUGAGGAGAGGCAGCAGAAAGAGUACGACGAGGUGCUGUGGGACAAGGUCAUCCACGGAAAAGCCCGGAACGAACUCCUGAGCGGGCCCAAGUCUCCGACCGUGAGCCAGACGAUCCUGCCAGAGAAGCGGGCGCGAUCGCCGCGGCAGCGAGAGGAAGUGAAGAGUGCAGGGCAGAGGAGUAGUAGGUUAAGUUUUACAGACGGGUACGAUAAUGUUGGGAAGAAGCUGGGGGUUGUUAGACAGCAGGCCAUACCCACGGGUAAGUACAGCAGCUCUGGUAGUAGUGUGGAUUUUAAUUACGUGGGUAACGGGAUGAAUCCCAUCCCGGGCACUCUUAGUGUACCCACCCCGGCCAACAGUCCAAGGGUUGGGUUUGUGGGCACAGUUAAGCCAAUGCCGUCCAAGCCAUUGUACAGGAAUGGUGUCGCUAGUAUAAGUGUACAUGGUAUCCAGGGGGACCUCAACUAUAUCCAGAUCGCCCAGCCACUGACGGCACCCGUCGGGCCGCUGGGCUUACACCAGUGUGACUCUAGCAGCUACAGCACGUUGUACAGAUACAGCGCCACCGUGAGAGAAGCCAUGGGAGCGGUCGGGAAUCCCACCCGCCCGUUUUCGACGUCGACCAACAUUUUCCACGGCCAGGAGCCUGGCGGGGAGUACGAGGUUUUCGAACAGGAGCAGUUUGUGCCAAGCAGAGGAUCUACAGCAAAGAGCAAAUCUUCCCAGGGACAGCAGCACGUCAGGUUUGUGGAAGACCUGCCCUCACCGUCACGUGUGGCCACGCCCGAUCAGAGGCCGCCAUCACGACACACACCAUCCCCUCCUGCCCCGACAAACUCACCAGACCGUGUCGGCUCUGUGACUCCGUCCAUCCUGCUUUCCUCUGCGCUAGCUGAGGGUGACGCACAGAAGGCAGAGGACAGGGUACAAACCCCAGAGGUUGGGUCGGACAGUUCAAGAAGACCAACCCUAACGUUAGACUCCAUCGUUAUACCAACAGCUGGAGAAACAGAGUCGGACACAUACUCCAACUGUGACCACACUACUGUAGACACGUCCGUGCCGUCCCAUGCCACUCUUCGCGAAACACUAGAUGUUGAGGAGGAUGAAGACAGUGAAGAGGAGAGGUCCGAGUCUCCUACCUUGCGGUACACAACCUUCAAAGGCGAGAGACCAGGAUCGGCCACCGAGGAACAGUUAAACAAAGUGGCCUCAAUGAUAGCUAAAACUGUUGUUGGACAGACAGGGUCAGAGAGUGAGGGGAAUGAUUCUGAGGAUGAACAGUUGAAUCAAGAUGAUGAAAGGAGCUCGGUGAAGAGUUCGGUGUUUUCCGAGUCCUUGGACGGAGACAGCCAGAGCAGAAAGACGAGAAGUAUCAGCAGGAUAGACAGCGCCUCCCAGUAUUCUUCUGAUGACCUGCAGGUCUCGCAGGAGACACAGGAGCUUCUGGAGUCGGUGGCAAAGCUGCCUAUUGCAGACGCACCACAGGUGGCAGAACUGUUGUCGUAUGAACCAGACAAACCUUCGCAAAGAGAGCUGGCAGAGCUGAGGGGCCAGAUCAAGGAGGACCUGAAACGGACGCAGGAGGAAACACAGAAGGAAAUACAAGAUAUCUACAUGAAACAGUACGCAUGAGGAGAAGACACUGAGUGAAUAAAGUUCUCGGGUGGAAAUUUGAUUAGCUGGACUAAAAUCACACUUCUAGUGGCCGGCCUUACAGUUGCCAUCUCCUAGGAGGAGAGCGAAGGGGGUCGUUAACCCCAGCCAGCAAGAGAUUGUGUGAACACAGGCUAGAAAUUUGAUGUGGCUUUGAGGGUCAUGCCAAAACAUCUAAUGGCUUCAGAUGGAGCAAAUGACAGGACAUCGUAAACAAAAAUUAUGCUUUUACAUGAGAAACUUCACAACCAUGAUUUGUUGGUUCGAAAGACUUCUUUUGACAUUGCAAUUGUGAAUGAUACAAAUCCUAAUAUAGAGAAAGAGGAAUGAAAAGGACUCAAACAUCAUAAUAUAGUGAGUUGCAUGAUGAAGCUGCUCAAGUCCAAACUUUUUCACAAGUCGUCAUUCCUAGCCAUUAGAAGCUGCUACAGUCCCCAACCCUCUAGACAAGUCAAAGGCAAAUUCCUAGCCUUCUACCUUUCAAAACAAUCCAAGACUAUCAUAUACCAUAAUGAGGAGUUCCAACCCAAUACUGUGUAAUCUUGUCACUGAAAAGCAGUACAUGCACAAUCUAGUGAUGAUGAUGGGAAUCCACUGGCUGAUCCACAAUUUGCUUCACCCAUGAUCAUAAUCAAUGGGAGCUUUGAAAUCGUGAACAACCAGAUGACGCCUGAAAGUGCAGAGCCUGUGUACUUUGACAGCCAUGACAAGUAGUCAUCUCUAAACAUUGGAGACAAAGAAGGGCGUGCCAUGACAGCUGGCCUUUAAAGUAACAUGGAGACAAAGCCAAAAAAAAGUUAUGUGCCAAUUAGACAAGCAAAACGACACCUGAUCCUGUACUGUGGUUUAGACUGUACUGGCUCAACUUUGCCAUGUUUGCUAACUGUUUUAAGACAGUAUAUUUGAAGUACUAAAGGAGAUGCUAUAUUUUCUGAGCUUAUUUUGCUAUUGUUGCAUCCUGAUCCAUUUUGAAUGUAAAGAUGGAUGCCGGAUAUACUGUUUUAACAUUGUAAUAUUUUCAUUGCUUGUUUUUUUUAUUGAUUAGUUCUAAUAAGUGUUAUUGCCAAGAUGGCGCAUGUAAAUAUUAUCAUGUAAUGAACUGAAUAUUCAGCAAAUUGUAACGUUAUAUAACAUCCAAAUUCGUAAUGGAUAACAGUAAAACGUUAUCAACCCUGAAUACUUAUUAUAUAAAUAGAAUGUGAGUAGAUUUUGUAUGAAGUUGCUGCUAAUUGAUAUCAGUGUGCUUAAUUUUUACAAUCAUGAAAUGGUUGUUAUGAUUCAUACCAGGUUAAUAUUUAUACAUAUCAUGUCCCUAAUUAUAUAUGAUAACUGAAUUUGAGUGUGAAAACGAUCAUGUGUAUGCAAAAGAAUAAAGACGUAUUGUUAUUGUACAAAUGCAGACUGUAUAGUUAUCCAUAGUAGCCAAGGCUGUAGUUUAACUAUGUACAUGUAUGUUGAGGACUAUGCUAUUUUUCAUUUUUGUGAACAGACCUAUUUUCAUUGUUGUAUCUUUUUCUGUCAAGGAAAUAAUACCAUCUUUUAAUAUUGA